AUGCCCACUCAGAUUAAGUCGUCUCUAGACGGUAUGACAUGUGACUCAGGAGAGCUGGAGCAGGUGGAGCGGGCAGUCACUGUGGGUUUGGGGAAAGUUCCCAGAGACGUGCUGAGAAACUUUCCACAUACUAAACGCGUGGGCAGCUACCUGGUGGGCAAAAUGAUCAACAAGGGCUCUUUUGCAAAGGUGAUGGAGGGUAUGCACAUUAACACAGGAGAGAAGGUGGCCAUUAAGGUAAUAGAUAAGAAGAAGGCACGGCAGGAUGCGUACGUGUUGAAAAACAUGAAACGUGAGCCGAGGAUCCACCAGAUGAUUCGUCACCCCAACAUUGUCCUUCUGCUGGAGACUCUAGAGACUGAGAACGGCUACUACAUGGCCAUGGAGCUGUGUGCUGGAGGAGACCUGAUGGACAGAAUCUGUGAACGCAGACGUCUGGAGGAGAGGGAGGUCCGCAGAUACACACGGCAAAUCCUGUCAGCUGUUGAUCAUCUGCAUACUCAUGGCAUAGUGCACAGAGAUCUAAAAAUUGAGAACUUUCUUCUGGAUGAACACAACAAUAUCAAGAUAGUCGACUUUGGUCUUAGUAACACACUGAAGCUAGAUUCUCUCUCCCCGGAGCUGUUAAACACUCAGUGUGGAAGUCCUGCAUAUGCCGCUCCAGAGCUUCUUGCACACAGGAAGUAUGGCCCUAAAGUGGACGUAUGGUCUGUGGGUGUGAGUAUGUUUGCGAUGAUGACCGGUACCCUUCCCUUCACCGUAGAGCCAUUCAACAUAAAGCAGCUUCAUCAAAAAAUGAUUAAUGGAGAAAUAAGUGCCAUCCCAUCUGACAUCAGUAAAGGGGCAGUGCAGUUUGUUUUGGCUCUGCUGGAACCGGACCCAGCGAAGAGGCCGAGUGUGAAAGCAGCACUUGGGGAGAGCUGGCUUAAUGACGGGUACACCAAGAGACCAAGUCACACUUUGGUCUAUAAGAACAGAUUGCAUCCAGAAGAGCUCAACUCUGCUGUGUUAAACUACAUGACUGAGGCUCUUGGCUACAGCUUGUCAGAGAUCAUACACACAGUCAUCAACAACAAACCUUCCACCAUCUUAGCUACCUACCAACUCCUUCUCAAAAAACUUAGUAGACACCAGAAAGGGUCCAAGAACAUUAAGAAGCUGGAAUCCAGUGAGUGGAACCUUCCAAAUAAGACCGAAUGGAAUGAGAGGAGCAACACAUCAGAGAGGAGUCAGCAGCAGAAGACACAGAGUGAGACUAGCAAUGACAAAAGCCAGAGACAGUCCAGUAAGACACAGAGGAUCCCAUCACAAGACAGAGAUUUACUGAGGAGGCCAGAGGAAGUCAUCAGACAGAAACAGUCAAGCUCAGAGCAAAGAGAGUAUACUCCUACCGAUCAUCCUGGAGAUGUCCUCACCAGCAAUGACACUGCAGUCAACAUGGGGACUAAAGAGAGCCUGUUUCCUGAAGUCUCUUUGCUUGGUGAGAGGGAACUGGUACAUGCAUCACCUCCCAAAUUACCCUGUGGGGAAGGAAGUAGCACUUCUUGUGAUGCUCCUUUAAUUUUAGAAAGUAAAAAAGACUCUAUUAAAGCACCUCACAAAGAUCAUGACCUGAGGCCAACACACUCUGAGAACUAUUCAAGAGAGGAUCCUGCACAACGGCAUGAUGGCAAACUGGAAAAAAUACAGAUGUUCUAUUCUGAAAAAGUGGUCUCUCCCAGAAUGCAUCUAGAAAGUAAAGCAGGUCAGCGUUUUAAAGACCUCCUCCUGGCCAUUGAGGAAAAGAGCCACGCUGCCCGUCAUUUGAGCACAAUGGAAUCCGCUUUGCAAACUGCUCCACUGCCACAGCUACGUCAUAGAACUCUUAAAGAUAUCUCACCAAGAAAAGCAGUGUGGACAGGACUUAAACAUCAUACUGGGCCACCCACAGGCUCCUCACCUUUUCUGGUUAAUGGUUCCAAACCACCAGUGUUUUUGUCCCAGAGGCAGCAGACUCUGGUUAUCAAGAGUCUGAGGCAUGCAAAAGAAAAGAGGAACACUGGACCAGGGGGAGGUAGGACAAUGGGCAUUCAAGAAAAUACAUCGAAAGCUCAGCAUUUUCGGCCAUUAAGGACUAGUCAGAGGAGAGACACAGACCUGAACCUACCCAUGCUACCUUUAACUUUUCAGAGCAAGGAUAAGAAAACAGAAUUUCUCAGAUUGGAUUUUAGUUGAAAGGGUGUCAGGAGUGAAAGUGACAAAAUACCAGUGACUGAAAUAUUUGUACACAACCUUCAAGAAUUUUUUUUUCUUGAA